AUGGUUACCUCAACUCCACUCUCCACCGCCCACGUUGCGUUCCUGACUGUGGGAAUCACUUUGGCCCUCUUCUUCAUCAGAGGGUCCUUUGAAAACACUCCGCGUUUUCUGGAUUCGUCGCAGCAGCUUACUGCCUGUGAGCCUCAGGUUGUCAAGGAAUUGGGAAGGUCAACAUGCCAGCCCUGGUCGGAGUUUGUUGAACAGCUCGUUGUGAAAUGGCCACAGAGCGAUUUCGAUGUGAAAGUUCCCGCUAGCUUAGAGGACUUUUGGAGGCUGCAACAUCAGUUGUGGUUCGCAGAGGGCUGGAACCGAAUGCCCGAUCAUCAGGCGGUCAAGUCAGGCAAGGAGCGCGCUGGGACCUUCAAUGUCAAGUUCUUAGGGCAGUAUGUGCAGAAAUACCCGACAGACAUGUGGCUGUACCAAGAACUUUUUUAUGAACUCAUGCCUGAUCUUGUCAUCGAGUGUGGCACAUAUAAUGGAGGCGCAUCUGCUUAUUACGCGAUGUUGCUGAGUGUCAUAAAACCAGAGGCCAAAGUAAUAACUGUGGAUUACCAUGCAAACCCUGGAGACCCAACCUUUUAUAAGUCACUUCCUUUCAUACAGGAUAGGGUUACUUACCUCCAGAAAGGUGAUGGAGAUCUGGACCCAGAGCUAUUUGGUAUCAUUUCUGCCGAGGCCGCGAAAGCAAAGACAGUAAUUGUGUUCCUCGACGCAGACCACACAAAGAGCCAUGUUUUGCAGCAGUUGGAGAAGUAUAGCUCGUUAGUCAAGCCGGUAGGUAGCUAUUUGAUUGUGGAGGACACAAACGUCGAUGGGAACCCUGUCUGCAUCAAGGGUUUAAAUAAACACUGUGGGGGUACAUAUGAAGGGCCUGAUGAAGGCUUAAAAUCGUGGUUGCCAACGCAGGACUCCUUUGAGGUGGACCGAAAGUGGGAGAAUAUAAUGCACAUUACACAACAGCCUGCUGCAGAUCGAGGAAGAUAUGCGAACGAUUCUCGGCGUCGGAAACCGGCGCAUGCAGCAGUGUGGGCUGAUGCGUUCGCGCGCAACGGCGACGACGAACGCGGGAGCGACGGAGUUUUCUUGAUGCACCUGAAAGACGGAGGUUGGUACAGCGAGGAGCGGUCGACGCUCGAUCCUCGGGUUCCGAAUUUGACGUUCCCGUUGUUCAGUUGGUCCCGGCUCGAGCGCCAUGACCUCGUGGGAAAGAAACGACAACGCGAACUUCUGAUGCCGACGUACGCGAGGCACAUCGAAAAGCUGGACGCGUUUUGCGCGUCAACCGAAAACCUAAACAAAACGCAUUGGGCCAACACGCGAAAUCACGAAAAGGUACUGGGGCGGUUCAGGGAGAGGUGCGGGAACCAAGGUGCUCGAAACCUAUGGAACGGUGAGCAGUUUGACGCGUGCGAAAGAAAGUUCUUGUCGAAACUCGCAGAGCAACACACUGAUCUGCUGGACAUACAUCCAGUGGGGAACGACAGCUGGAACUUAACGGUCGCCGAUCCCAUUGCACAAGAUAAAUUCGAUACCUCCUAUGCAUUUGAGAUCUCAACGAAUGGGUUCGGCGGCGACGGUGGGCUGAUGCGCAAAUUUGCUUCAAACACUGUGAUUUUCUAUUCAAAGCCGUUGUACAAACAGUUGCUGGAUGACGAGUUGGUCCCUUGGCGUCACUACGUACCCAUCCUGGACGAAUCUUCGGUCGACUUGCUUCAUAAUUUUAGAAUGCUGAAGGCAGAUCCGGAUCUUGCGUGGAGGAUCGCUAGAAAUGGCCGUAAUCUAGUCUGUGCACGACUGAGCGAGGAACCGCGGAAAACGUGGUUCAGGGAGGUGUUUGGAUUCAUCAACGAAAUCAUGGGCGAUGUGCCAAGCUGGGGAGAUUUGGAGCAAGAGCUGGGUCCGCUACACAGUUGCAAAGCCUAGUUAUGAUAGUCUAGUCUAAUGAAGAGCAACAUAAGCGAGUCAGUAUUACCUUCGUAGACUAGCUAGCUAGCUAGCUUGCUAGCUAAGACGUGCUCCACGUCGGAGUAGCUAGAGCAAGCUUGAUGUGCUCUUAUUUUCUUUUAGCUAACUUUUAACCCUUAUUAAAUCCCGUAAUCUUUUGGUUACAUUU